CGGUCCCCGUUCCGGCCGCGGCAGGCAUUAUGCUGCUCGAAGUGUUCCUGCUUCUGGGUUCAGUCAUCAUCUACUUCUUAUUUUACAAGAAGAAAGAAGAAACAUUGCCCUUCAAAGAGGGAUGGUGGGGCAAGGGACAAAAGCCUGAUGCUGAAGAAGAUACAACUAUUCGACCAUUUAAGGUGGAAGCUACAGAAGAAGAGCUGAGUGACUUGUAUAGGAGACUUGACCAGGCUCGAUUCACUGAACCACUGGAGGACAGUUGUUUCCAUUAUGGGACUAACUCGGUGUACCUCAAGAAGGUUGUCUCCUACUGGAAAAACCAAUUCAAUUGGAAGAAACAAGUUGAAAUCCUCAACAAGUACCCACAGUUCAAAACUAAGAUCCAAGGCAUUGAUAUCCAUUUUGUUCAUGUGAAGCCUCCUCGUCUGCCUGAAGGCCAGUCUGCAAAGCCACUGUUAAUGGUUCAUGGCUGGCCUGGCUCAUUCUAUGAGUUCUACAAAAUCAUCCCUCUGCUGACGGAUCCUGCCAGUCACGGCCUGAGUGAUGAACACGUUUUUGAAGUCAUUUGCCCAUCUAUCCCUGGUUAUGGUUUCUCAGAAGCACCCCACAAAAAAGACUUCAAUUCUGUAAGUGCUGCUUCUGUUUUCUAUGAACUGAUGCUCAGACUGGGAUUCAAUGAGUUCUACACACAAGGAGGUGACUGGGGAUGGCUCAUCUGCACCAAUCUGGCCCAGAUAGCUCCCAACCAUGUGAAAGGUCUCCAUUUAAAUCUCGCCUCAGUUUCCAACAUGGGGUUCACUCAGCUGCUCUCCAUCCUGCUGGGCCGCUAUCUUCCAGGGCUCUUUGGUUUCCAGGAUGAAGAUGUCAGGCGGAUGUUUCCCUUCUUAAAGAAAGGAGUCUACAAGAUCUUGAUGGAGUCUGGCUACGCUCACAUACAGGCUACAAAGCCUGAUACUGUUGGCUGUGGUUUGAAUGACUCUCCUGUAGGACUGGCUGCGUACAUCUUGGAGAAGUUUUCUACAUGGACUGAUCCAGAAUUCUGUAGUUUGGAGGAUGGAGGACUAGAGAGGAAGUUUAACCUGGAUGAUCUGCUCACCAAUAUCAUGAUCUACUGGGUGUCAGGCUGUAUAGUCUCCUCCAUGCGUUUCUACAAAGAAAAUCUGCAGAAGGGGAUAGGUACACAGAAACAUGAAAGGCUCACAGUACAAGUACCUACUGGCAUUGCCUCCUUCCCUAAUGAAAUCAUGCACACGCCCCAGGCUUGGGCCCAGAAGAAAUACACCAACAUCGUUUCCUUCCAUUUCAUGACUCGAGGUGGCCACUUUGCAGCUUUGGAGGAACCUGAACUUCUUGCUGAAGAUAUUCUGCAAUUUGUUGGGAAAGUAGAGAAAGAGCAACUUUGGAGAAAGAAAGAAUAACUCCGCUGACAAACAGCAGGGUAACAGCUUAUAGCUUAGCACAUGUACAAGCCUUACUAAGUACUGUUAUACAUGUAUAUUCUUGACCAGAUGUGAGAGGACAGCAAGACCAAUGCAGUAUAUCUCGAUGAGAUACUGCCAUGGAGACCUACUGGUUGUGGGUUGGGUCUCUUUGUUCAGCUAAACUGAGACAGUAGCAUGAAGAUCACUUGGUUAUCUUCUCCCCCAAGCAGACUUCUAAACUGUGUAGUUCUGUAGUAUUCCUGACCCUUGCUUUGAAAUUGAAAAACAGAACUUAAACAUCAGAAUUAACUAAUCAGAGUUUAUUAAAGGCUUUUUUUU